AUGGCCACGGACACAGAAAGAGUACCCAAACAGCCUAUCCACCCAUCAGUUAUAGCGAGAUUAGACCCCGAGUAUCUCGAAUUUCACAACAAGCACCUUCUCUAUCUAACGCCGCCCCAUACUCUGCCAUGGGAUCCUUCUAUUCGGAGCGGACCAGCAGUUCCUGGGUCUUCCGAGCCUCUCAAGGUUGGCAAGACUGAAGAUUUUGACUUGCCGCACACCAAGUUCAGGGCGUUUACGCCAGAAGGCCCGCCACCGGUUAAUGGGUGGCCUGUGUUCAUAUUCUUUCAUGGAGGUGCGAAGUGCGUAGUGAUCACGGUUGAUUACCGCCUUGCACCCGAGCAUCCGUAUCCUACAGCUGUGGAAGAUGCAAUCGACUCCCUACACUGGGUGAUUAACAAUGGGAAAGAGAAACUCUCUGUCAACCUCCAGCAAAUUGCUGUUGGCGGCUCAUCAAGCGGGGGAAAUCUCGCCGCCAUUCUGGCUCUCAAAGCCAUUGAAAUGCAGCCGCCGAUUCCUAUCAUCUUCCAGUUGCUGAUAGUUCCGGUGACCGACAACACAGCGUCCGUUGAAGAUUCAUGGGCAGAGAAUGCACUCACUCCGUGGCUUUCCCCUGGGCGGAUGAUGUGGUUCCGCCACAAUUACCUCCCGAACAAAGAGGAUUGGACUAAAUGGGACGCGUCGCCCCUUUUCGCACCCGAACACUUGAUCAAACAGCUUCCUAGGACAUGGAUCGCCGUCAAUGAGCUUGACAUUUUACGCGAUGAGGGCAUCCAAUACGGAGAAAAGCUGAAGGCGGCUGGAGCCGCGGUACACAUUGAGCUGUAUAAGGGCGCCCCACAUCCGAUCAUGGCAAUGGAUGGCGUGCUUAAGAUUGGGAAGAAGCUGGUUUCUGACGCGGUCGAUGCUUUGAAGAAUGCUUUUGAUACAUGA